AUGUCGCCAAGAAAGGAUGGCGAUACCCUGUUGGUUGUAUUGGAGCUCUGUCAGAAAGUAAUUUCACUCGAUAUUACACCUGACGAUGCCUUCCUGAAAUUACAAGAAAUAAGGGCGUCGAAUCCGCUGCUACCAUCACUUUUGUUAGAUGUGUUAAUUAUUAUAGAAGGUGAUGCCCAGUCCAGUGAAAAGAAAGAAAAAGCUGUACAGAAGUUUACCGAAUUCGUCAAUUUGAUAUGUGAUCAGAUUAUCCCUGCUGAUAUACUACGCAUAGAGCUUGAUGUGCUUGAUGCAUCCUUACCUGCAAACAAACAACAACUGGUGCGACUCAAAACUCGUUUGUAUUAUAAGCAAGCCAAGUAUAAUUUAUUGCGUGAAGAAAGCGAAGGCUAUGCUAAGUUGAUUACGGAGCUUAUGGAUGCAGGUGGCGGUCUGCCAGCCAAAACGAUGAUGACUCGUGUGCUGUGCCUAAUAGGCCAGUUCAAUUUGGACCCUAAUCGUGUAAUUGAUAUUGCACUGGAAUGCUAUGAAUGUUGUGUUUCUCAAAAAGACUUCUAUAUAUCCUUGCUGAAGGAAAUAAAAGCUAACAAGGAUUAUCUAUGCACUUUGCUCGGAUUUAAAUAUACAUUUUAUCAUGUAAGUUUUCUUUCAUUCCAAGCAGUAGUUUCCCUCUAA